AUGGCCGAGCUUCUCGCGGCUGCGCCAUGCGUCGAGCUCCAACAAGCGUCAACUGCACACUUCGCGUCGCUGCAGGUGUCGCACGGCCACAAGUUCCGCGCCCAGGAGUGGAUGGCGCAGCGGUUCCCGGAGGCGACGCAAUGCGGCAGCGGCAAGGACGUCGUCGUCUUCGCGCUGGACGACCCGGAGCGCGUCGUCGCGGCGAUGCGGCGCGACGGCCACGCGCGGCGCUUCGUGCACGCGGCGACGGCCUGCCACCUGCGCGUGGCGCGCGCCGACGCCGUCGCCGGAGCGGUGGUGGCGCUCUACGACGGCUGCGAGUCGCUCGCCUCCGCGAAGCUCGUCGUCCACUUCGACCGCGCGCUCAAGGGGUCGCUCCUCGCGGCGCUGCCGGAGCGGCUCGCCCUCGCGCCCCGGGGCCACAGCCACUGCCUCACGGUCGAGCCCGUGAGCUCCGGGGGCGACGUCGAGGGCUACUACGUCGGUGUAUGCGCGGCGGGCGACGAGUUCGCCACGGACGACGCCGUCAUCGCGUCGAAGCGCGACGGCCACGCCGUGUCCCGCGCCUACUUCAAGCUGCGGGAGGCGGCCGACGUCUUCGGCUUCGGGGCUCGCUUGGGCGACGGCGCGCGCGUCGUCGACGUCGGCGCGUCGCCCGGCGGCUGGAGCCAGCUGUGCCUCGAGCGCGGCGCGGCCCUCGUCGCCGCCGUCGACCCGGGCGCCCUCGACGCGUCGCUGCUGGACGCCUACGGCGGCGGCGCCCUCGUCCACGUGCGCGCGAGGGUCCAGGAGUCGACCGCCGCGCUCGCGGCCGCGGCGGCCGGCGGCCGCUUCGACGCGUGCGUCUGCGACGCGAACGCGCACCCGGCGGCGGCGUUGCGGCUCCUGGCGCCCGCCGUCUGCCCCCUGCUGCGGCGCGGCGCGGCCCUCGUGCUGACGCUGAAGCAGCCCACGGCGACGAACAAACACGCGGACGGCGAGUUCGCGGAGGUCCUCGCCGCGCUCGCGGAGCACGGCUUCGCCGGGCCCCGGAUCGCCUGGCUCUGGGCCAACGGCCGCCACGAGCGCACGCUCGGCGCGACCUACGAGCCGGGGCAGGCCUCGGGGGCUUUCGCGUCUUAA